AUGGAGGGUACAAGGCGGGUAUCGUAUCCCCCAAUCCAAGGCCCUACGCUGGACGCUCCCUCAAUCAAGGACAAUACAGCCCCCCCGAGCGUUGCACGCGAACCGCCGGAUGCCCGCCGCAGUCCCUCCCCGCAGCCUUCCGAGGACGGUCUCUUUACGAAAAGCUACUACGAGGGCCUCGCUGAACGCUGGGGAGUCACGGUAGCCGAGUUCAAUUAUCGAGAAGACAGACCACGGUUUUGGCUGCGCGACUUAGAUCGCACUGGCCUUGACCACGAUGAAUGGUCACUCUCGCGAUGGGCGCUGGCGUACUACGAUAAAUAUCCCGACGAGAUGGAGGACGAACGGACGCGCAACCAUUACGAGCGUGGUACAGGAAAGCCGAGGGUGAAGCCGUUCGUGGACAUCAAGGAAGUGACGCCACUUGUGAGAGGUAGCGACGGGAACUUCAAGCCGGCUACCAACUGGCAAGAGGUACCUGAUGAGCCUACAGUCGACCUCGGCGGUCCGUCACACUGGUAUACCAAAGCACCAAAGCCGCGGAGUAAUUGGCUCGAGACGCUCAGUCGAACACCCAACACGACAGGGCCACAGCGUCCUCAGCCUCGUGCACGCCCCGAUCGCAAGGUCCACCGUCUUCAGGCCCCGCAUGGCCACCAGUAUCAACCUGUCGAUGAGCCCUCAAGCAGCAGCUCUGAACUGGGAACCGGACUUCCUGGGGUCGACGAGGGCUUCGCAGCGCCAACGGGCGUUGGAGACGCCGGCUUCUCACUAGCCGCGGAGGGUGCAUGGCCGAUAGAACUUGACGACUAUUUCGCUGAAGGUUUCGAGGAGCGCCUCGUAGAUGUUGAUGGAGACGAUUUCGAAUAUCAUCUCGGAGACGGUUUGAAAGACGACCUUGAAGACGAAGGCAGCGAAGAUUUUCCCAUCAAACCUCAAGACAUUUUGGAAGAUGACGAUGAAGAUGGUAUUGCGGACGGUGUUCAGGACAGUGCUGAAGGCGCUGCUGAAGACAGCAUCGAAGACGCUCCCCAAGCCAACCCCAAAGACGAUCCUAUCCAUGGCCUCGACGACACCUCCAUGCUGAGCGACAUGUCAGCGCCUGACGAAGACCUCGCACUACAGAUGUACCGUGAAGACCUCGAAAAGCUCCGUUCGCACUUGAUCAAGGAGUCAAGAGACAGUCUUUGGCGUUCUUUCUCCUUCGACACCAGAGAAGAAUACGAGACAGCGCUUCCACUUUACAACAAAGGGCUACCGAAACUCGGCAACAAAGAAGCUGAGGUGGUGAGUCUAGAGGAUGCGAUGAAGGCACGAAGGGACUAUGACGAGUAUCUCCGCAAGCAUGUGCCGAAGCCUGCAGACAAAACGAAGGAGCCUUCGCCUUCGACGGUAGGAGGAAGUCUUGUUGGCCUAGAGGACAUGUAG